CAACAACAGCUAAAGCAAAACGAAGCAAGCAUCGCGGCGUCGGGGAUUCUUCGUGAUAUUGCGAGGAUGCGAGUGUGAGCGCAGCGGAGCGGCAUCGCAAGAGUGUCUUGCCUGCUGCUGUUGCUGUUGUUGAGAUUUGCAGCUCGGUAGUUUCCUUCCGCUGGUGCUGGUGCUGCUGUUUGUGCCGAAUUGUUUGGAGACAGGUUUUUGUUGUAAGCCAUGGGGUUGUGUAGCGGAGCCAUAAGCUCCGCUUGCUACCCUCCUCCUGCCCUACCCGCCCUGCACCAUCGUUCCCAUCGCCACCCCGCUACUAUUCCCUUGGUUUGUAGUUGGAGUGCCAAUGGCCCCUUGGAACGGGGUUUUAUUUUUGGAACACAGUUGAGACUGGGUAACCACUCCCAAUUUCAACAAACAGGCGCAUCUAUUCGAGGGAAAUAUGCGUCAAGAACAACUACAGCUGCCUUUGACCCAGAGUUACAUUCCGUGCUGGUGUUAGCUAGUGAUGCUGAGCUUUACGAGCUGUCCAACAUACUAUAUGGCCAAAGCCCUUUGAGUCCUCUUCUCAAGUCAAUGGCCCCUGGAGAUGGUUCUAAUAGAGGCACCAUUGCAGAGGCAAUCCAUGAACAGGAAUACGGAGGUCGAGAUGCUCUUCUAGAGAGGCUAGAAUCCAGAUUCAUGUUCUUGGCAGCGGAUGCUAAAGCCACUAUUAGUGGGCGAAGACCAACUUAUCGGGAUGUUCUCUUAAGGGUUCGUUCAAAGCUUAAUGUUCCCUGUUCUGUGAAGCUGUCUACGGAGGACCUGGAGGCUGAAAUCUUUCUGCAUUUGCUUCAGGACUACUCCAGUCAACCUAAAAAGCGGCAACAAACAAAGCGAAGAGGAGUCCCGUAUUUGGAUGCCGUUGAAAAAGCUAAGGGGAGUCGUUUCCGGGAUAACAUUUCAUCAGCUAUUCGUCUAGGAAGUGAAGAGUUGCUUACAACCUUACUCAAGGGAAGCAGUGCAGUUACAGUUUCCACCCUUCAAGGAAUUAUUACAAAGCAACUUUCUGGUAAAGUACUAGUGGAAACUGCUCGUUAUCAACUUGCAAAGGAGGCUUUAGUGAAGGGUGGUCAAGCUGUUGCUGCCAAAUUGGAAAGUCAAGUAGCAGUUUUGGCAGCUAGACAGACACUUGCAGGUGCAGCAGCCCGCUACAUGACUCUACGGAGCACCAUGAUGGUCUUGGGACCUUUGUUGUGGGGUACUUUUCUAGCUGACAUGCUAAUCAGGUCCAUUGGAACUGAUUACGCAAGAGUCGUUCGUGCCAUCUACGCAUUUGCCCAGAUAAGGUUGUCACGAACAUAUGGGUGGACGCGUGUGGAAACGCUUUGACACAUCUUAGUGAAGUUCAAAUAUCCUAAAGCACGUGUACAUAUUCUGUAAUAGUAGUUAGAAUUUGUUAGCGUUUAAGACGCUGUAGAGGAAGCAAACUGACCUUCAAAUGAAGCACUCUUGUAGGAGAUAGCAACUCGUCACCAAAAAGAAAAAGUUGCUUUAAUCCUAGGCGUUAUGACAUUGGGGUUCCUGGAUUAGAUUGGAUUUGGGAGUGGUUUAUUACAAUCUGAAAUACCAAUGCUGGGACUUCGUAUCUUCAGUACAACCUUAGUGCACGAAGGUUGUACUCAAGGAUCAUUUGCAGCUGAAAAUAAAAUUAACGCCGGAGAUCUAGAUCUUACACAUCCUUGAGA